AUGGAAAUGAGAGUUCGACCAGCAAGAAAUGUGGCUACACGUGGUAAUUAUACUUACAGAUCGAGAUCAGCAGCUCAAAGUUCAGGGGAACAUAUUAAAACAUGUAGAUAUGAAACACGGCAUCAGUCCGGAUGUCAGAUGCCUACGGAAAAGUCAAGGUAUAGUCCCGAAGUUGCUGUCCCUCGAUCUCGACGAAUUUUAAAGUUUUCACGCAAUUCGACAGGAUCUGAUUGUAAAAAUGUGGCACUUUCAUUAUUUGUUGAAAAGUUGGAUGCAAAUGCUUUAUUGGCAGAUUCAGAUUCUUCCGAUCCAAAGAAGUGUCGUAUUUUAGAUCCCAAUACGAGUUCAGCUACAGAAAUAGAGAUCGAAAAAAAAAAUCUUCAUGCGGUUUUACUUGAACGGUGCCCUAUCAAAGCGGAAACAAAUAGUUUAGAAUAUCAAUUGCGGAAAGCUUUACGGCUUUAUCGAUAUAUGUCAUUACCAGACAUUCAAAGUGGUUAUGCUCGACCAAUGUAUAGGCCUUUCCUUAAAAGGAAUCUUAUUUAUAUGAAGAAAUCAAAGUUUGAUUCAAAAUAUAUUACUGAUGAUAUUCUACCUCCAAUUUGCCCAGUAUUUACAAGGGAAAAGCGAAUAUUAUCGGAAGGUCAAAAAAGGGAACAUAUUCACGAUAUUAUUGCGAUGAUAUGGAGACAAAAAGAAGAAAAUUUAAAUGGACUUAAGAGGUUAUCACUUAUAUCACCGAAGAAUACGCCUCAAAACAAUUUGAAAUUAUUACCCACUUCUCGAAAGGAGUUGGCAUUUAAUGGCAAAAGUGAUUUGAAUAAAAUUGCUAACAAGCAAGUAGAGUUUUCGCGUUCCACUCCAAUGAUUAAGUUCUUUGAUGUCCGUCACAAAGACAUGCCAGGAAAUAGAAAAGCAUUGAUCACCGUUUAUCUUUCAACAGAAAUUGAUGGAAUCUUCGGAGAAAUCGUGAGAUUGCCUUCCGCAACAGUUCAAAUGCAGAUUAAUAAUCGUAAUGUACCGGUUGCUAUCGACCUUCCUCGAUCUAUAGGCUGCCAUCUUGAACAUUAUAUGCGAGAAAGGUUAAUAUUAAAUGAUUACGUUAUAAUACGCGUCACAUUUUCGGGUGAAGACGUAAGGACUCCAGAUGGUAGAACACUUCGUUGCGUUCCGUCAAGGAAAGCUGAUAAAACUGAUUUAAAAAGAACCCGCUACAAUUCUAAAAUCUCAUGCGCGCGAGAUAAUGAUGGCGAAGAUUCAGUGACAAUGUUUGGUGCGCGAUGUAUAUCUUCUGUUACAAAACAUAGCGCAGAAGAUGGUGUUAUUUAUGGUAAUGGCAGCGUAAUUUUAGUAUCUGAUUCACUUCUAAAAUUGAAUGGCAAUUGGAAACGAGACACAACAUUAACAAAAAGGCUUAUUGAACUGGGAAAGAAACUUCAUAUGAGCCCUUUCGUUCGAAUGUCCAUUGCUCAGGAUACCGGCGCUGAUACUAGUUCAUCGGAAGAUGAUGAUGAAUCAAAGAGUUGUUCUAGCAUUGUUACUUCUGUAGCUAGUCAAGCUCCACAAGGUUAUCGUUCUACCAGUGCGUGCUAUCCAAAACUCUUGUUUAAUACCAAUUAUUUUGAUGAAAAACAAAAAAAUAUACGUAAUUUGACUACUAUGGAGGGUCCUGAUCAAUAUAUGAAAUCAAAACACAAAUUCGAAAUGUCCUUGGAAUUUCCGAAACAAAUUUGUUAUCGAUUUAUUAUGAAAUAUAAUGAGGAACCAGAUACGGUUUUUCCUGAGAAUCACCUACCUGAUGUUGAGCUAUCUUCUUGUAGUACGGUUAUGUCAAUUUCAUCAGCUCAAAAUGAAGAACUAUGUGAACAGCAGAUGAAAUUUGUCAAAAAUGGUCGAAGACAUUGUUCUCCAUUAAAAGAAGUAUCGUCUGCUCAAAUUUUCAAUGGUCAUAGGCAAAAUAAUUGUUAUACUUCCCAACCUUCCUGUCCGAUUAAGCAAAUGGAUCUAACAAGUAGGAAUUUCGUUUCAUCUCAGAAACAAUUCAAUGAAUCGAUCAAAGUAUCAGUAGAAAGAAAUUCAAUACCACUGAAAUCGUUUUCAUCAGCUAGACAGUUUGAAUCACCUUCGAAUUUUCGAUUAGUGGUGCCACGACGAGAUCUUCCUCUAUCUACAGUCAUUGAUCAGUUCGCCACCAAAUAUGAUAAGUGCUCUAAAAUUAAACCUCCGAAGCCAAUUGCUGCUGAUGAUAAGGUGACAGUGCCUGAAUUGCAUUACGCCGGUUUUCCAGAGCCAGAUGGUAACGCUAUGGUCACUCGUUUUUUAUCUCCGCCAAAUAAAUGCUUUUUUUGUAUGGGAACUUUUCCGGAUAUGUUUGCUCUUCUUUUGCAUAUGAGGACUAGUUAUCCACGUCUUGAUAUUGUUUAUAGGGGGGAUGCUCGUCAAACAGCUGUUUUGAAUACUAGUGCGCCGGUAUAUAUCGACGUUUUUAUACGUGAAAAUUUCGAUUGCUCAUUUGAAGGUCCAAUGAUUCGGCAAUAUAUGAGUAUGCGUUUUAGGACAUCUCCAUCUCCGCAACGCUGCAUGCCCAAUGAUCGUAUUACCUAUUUAGUCUACAAGGCUGAGGCAAGAGCCAUUCGUGGAAUGAAGAAAGAUUUGAGUAUGUUCUUCACUCAGUCUGAUCGAGAAAAACGGGCACUGAAAGGAAAUAACGCUGCUUUUUUCGGAUUUCGAAGCCGUCAUCCGCUUAUGAACUGUUCACAGAUAUCUACGAAACAAACUGAUCAAGAAUGGCUUCGUGAAUAUGUUAUCAGACAAAUCGAAGAUUUUGUCGAUUUGUCUCGGCUGGAAAAGGAUUUCAUGAUUUUAUGGAAUAUAUUUCUGCUUAAUUUGAAUCACAAACCGUUUGGAAGAUGCCACGUAUACCGAACAUGUCGAUUGUUUAUUGAAAAACAUCGCAAAGAUUUGAUCGAAAAGAAAUUGACUAUGGCGUGGGUUUCUCAUUUGACUACGCUCCAUGAGAAAGAAGCUUUGGAUUCAGAUGAAGUAUAUGAUUUAACUUUGCGUUUGAAAGAGAAUUAUGAUCCUACUGAAGACCAUCGUCAUGUUGUAUAUAAUACUCGUUUGAAAUUAGAAAAUAUGGCGAAUAACAUCAAGAAAGAGCCUCCAGCAUGGCAAAAAGACCCUAUUCAUGGUCCAAAAGUAUCUAUUUUACGUAGUUCUUCAGUUGCGAGGUUUUCAACUGCUGAACAAAAUCCAGAAAAUGAGCCUGUGGGAGGGCAUCGUCGUCAACGUGAACCUGAUUGCUCUAAAUAUCUUUUCUCACCCCGGGCCACUAAAGUACCAAGGUGGUUGUCGUUUGCUGAAGAUUGUUAG